UCUGUUUACUUACUUUCACUCUGCGGCUCCUUACUCUUUCCCUCUAGUACCAUUAGAAGCCCUUGCAAAACCCCUUCUCCGUACAAGUCUUGCGCUUCCCAUCUCAGCUUUUGUUGCUCUUGAAGAUGAUGCUCAAGUCUGCUUCCUUGGGACGAAAUUACAGCACCGGUAACGGCGAGUUUAUCGGCACUCUCGCCGUGAGCGCCGGCGAAGUCGACCUCCGAGCUUCCGUGUCCGACGACGCUUCCGCUUGUUGGCCCACCUUUGGCAUACUCUCUUUCGCCGUUGAGAAACCCGGUUCCUUUUCCAUCGACUACGAUGUCCCAAAGAAGGAUGUUCGGUUUCAGUUCACGAAGAAUUUAAAUAUGUUAGAGAGACCGUUGAACUUGACUUACACUCACGUGAUGAGCGAGAACCGGACUUUACUGAAUGGAACACUUGAGCUUGAUUCAGCUAACAAACUUUCGGCUAAUUAUGAAUUUUAUUCUGGGAACUGCAAGUUGAAAUAUAGCUAUGCGCAUGGAGGGACAACAUUGGAGCCAUGCUAUGACUUUGGAAAUAAGUCUUUGGACUUGGCAGCAUCUCAGAGGUUUCUUGAUGGCAAUUUGAUCGGGGCAACGUAUAAGACAUCAAGCAAGACUUUGGGAUUGGAGUGGUCCUCAAAUUCUAAGCACAACAAAAAUUUAAGAUUCAAGGUGUCAGCAUUACUUGAAUUGGCAAAGGGAUUGCACAUGCCGAUCCUAAAUGCUGAGAGCUUCUGGGACUUUUCGCUUUAAUAUUUCCACCUACUGUUGAGAUCUUUAUAUGAAAAACGGAAUCAUUGCCAUCCUCUACUUCCAUCACUGACAAUCACUGACUCACAAUCAGUGAAUAAUUUCUACAAUACACAGAACGGCGAGCCACUUCUGAUAUUUGGUCAGGCGGAUAACCCUUUGCUUGCUUCUUUUUAUUGUUUUGGGAUGAUGACACUCUAAUAAUCUAAGAAUCUGAUCCAGCUAUUUGAAUCU